ACAUAAUCAGAAAAGCCAUACAAAAAACAAGUAGGCAAUUUUCACGUAGUGCAUGAACAUACAACAAAAGAAUGAGCAAGAUAAUCAAUUAAAGCAAACUUUUUGAUUUUAUCUCACACAAGAAGCUCCAAUUCCACGUUAAAUGUCACCUAUUGCUGAAGCUAGCUCGGUGCAUACACUCCUGCCCCUAUCUUCGUCGAGAUCAAGAAGAAGGCCAAAAGAUUCCAUUGAAUCUACGGAGGAAGAUGAUGAUGAAGAUGGCGGUGGAGGGGGCACUAGUGAUGCAGGCAGCAGUCGUAACCACCUCCACAGCCAUCCGAUACACCACCGCUCAGGGUUGCUUGUGGUGGAUGGUGGUGUCGUGUUGAGGAGGAAAAUGAGGUCUUUAUUGAAUUUGAGGCCGAAGAAGAAGAACAUAAGAAGCUGGAUUUCUGGCGCUUUAACUUUUUUGAUUGUGACAACUAUAAUUUUGAAAAUGAUGCUAAUGCAUAGCUUAAAUUCAAAAACUGCAGAAUUGAAGAGAAAUGAUUUCCUGAUAUACCCCCUGAACAGGAAUGAUUUUUUGAUACAUCCCAAGAAAAGAAAUCACUUGAUACAUCCAAUGAAGAGAAAUGAUUUUCUGAUUCAUCCUGUGAAGAAAAAAGAUUUCUUGUUGAAUACCGAUUUAGUGAACAAUAGUCAGGAGUACAUUGCAGAGGAGGAAUCAGAAGAAAAUAGUAAUGAAGUUCGACAAGCUAUGAGGGACUUUCUGGUUCCAGAAAUUUGGAAGAAUCCCAGAACUGAUGACUACUACCCAUGCAUAGAUAGGUCAAGUAAAGAAAUCGCUAAUGAAAAUGCCGCCACAAAUGGCUACAUACUAGUUCAUUCAAACGGGGGGCUGAAUCAGAUGAAAACUGGAAUAAGUGAUAUGGUUGCAAUCGCUAAAAUAAUGAAUGCUACCCUGGUUAUUCCUUCCUUGGAUCACUCAUCCUUCUGGACUGACCCGAGUGAUUUUAAGGAUAUUUUUGACUGGUUGGUCUUCAAGACAGUUCUGUUAAAGGAUGUGGAUGUAGUGGAAUCUCUUCCUCCGGACUUAGCAGCUGUUAAGCCUCUUGUGAAAUCCCCGGUUUCUUGGUCUAAGCCCAGUUAUUAUAAAAAGCAGAUACUUCCGUUAUUGAAAACGAACAAAGUGAUAGAAUUUACACAUACCAAUUCACGCCUUGCUAAUAAUCAAGUCCCAAACUCAAUCCAGAGGCUGAGAUGCCGCGCAAUGUAUGAAGCUCUUCAAUUCGCGGAUGAUAUUACUGAGCUAGGAAAUAAACUAGUUAACAGAAUUAAAUUCGACAGAGACCCUUAUGUUGCUCUACAUUUAAGAUAUGAGAAGGAUAUGCUAGCCUUCACAGGCUGCAACCACAAUCUGACAUCAAAGGAGUCCGCGGAGCUUAAGAAGAUGAGAUACGAAGUAAAGCAUUGGAAAGAAAAACACAUUAAAAGUAAACAGCGGCGACUAAAAGGUGGCUGUCCCAUGACACCAAGAGAGGCAGCUCUGUUUCUUGAAGCAAUGGGAUAUCCUUCAGAGACUAAAAUUUACAUAGCUGCAGGCAAGAUUUAUGGGGAAAACAGCUUAAAUGCACUCAUCGAAAAGUACCCAAAACUGUUUGAUCACUCAACAUUAGCUACAGAAGAGGAGCUGAAACCUUUUAUAGGCAGGCACAAUAAGCUUGCAGCAUUAGACUACAUGGUCGCGGUGGAGAGUGAUGUAUUUGUGUACACUUACGACGGAAAUAUGGCCAAGGCAGUGCGUGGCCACAGAAUGUUUGAAGGCUUUCGCAAAACCAUUGAUCCUGACAGACGCAGUUUUGCAAAACUUGUGGAUGCAUUGGAUGAGGGUAAGCUAUCUUGGGAAGGUUUUUCGACACAGAUUAAGAACAUUCAUGCAAAUAGGACUGCAGCACCCAAGUAUAGAGUAGCAGGCGUGACGCCUAAACGUGAACAAAGUUUUUAUGCAAAUCCUUUGCCGGGCUGCAUCUGUAAAGUGCCCUCGAAAGCUCAAUAGCAAGACUAGAAAAAUCCGCAUGCAUAAUAACUAUCUUCAUAGAAUUCAGAUCAAAGAUAAUCCAUUUUUGUGUAAAAACACAGACAUGUGUUCAAACAUACCAGUUUG